AGAUUUAGAGUAAGAAAUUUAAUAGAUAACGAAAUGUCAUACUGUUUAACAAAUAUUCUAGCAGUUAUUGGAUUUUUAGAGACUGCUGAUUACUUGGAUUUAAACAACAAUAACAUUAUUAACAGCAGUAGUGGUAGGAGGGUUGGGCAUGAAAUAGUUAAAGUGGCUGAUAGUGGUGUAAAAGUUAUCACUGACGCAUUUGAUUCUUCUUAUAAGUUGUUUGGUCGUAUUCUUGGAUCAAAUGAUAUAUUUUUCGAUAAGGACAAUAUUAAUAAUAAAAACAAUGUUAAUAAAUUGCCCUCAACAAAAUCUACAAUAACUCCUGGCAUUGAUGAAGCUAAACAAGAAAACGAAAUGCAACAGCCGCAACAACACCGAAAACGUAAAUCUUCAUCCUCAUCAAUGUAA